AUGUCCCGGUACUACGAACGGGGCGUCAAGCUCCCCUUCCUACCGGAACUGCGACUCAACUCCCCCUACUGGCAGAAUGUCCUGAUAGGAAGUCUAGUCGGCGUAACAGCCGGUCUCUAUGUCUCACUGAACCUCCUCGGAGCAGGGGGAGGCAAACCAAACUCCGCCCAAACAGUGCAAGUCGUCAACGCGACCCUCUGCACGGUCUGGUUCUUCUCCGCCUCAUUCGGCGGAACAGUGCUGAACACCGUCGGGCCUGCCAUUACAGCAUGCUUAGGUGUCAUUGGAUACAUUAUCUACGUCGGCAGCUUGAUGUACUUCGAUCAUACGGGGAAAAGCGGGUUUCCGAUCUUCGCGGGCGUUGCGAUUGGGAUAUCGGCGGGUCUUAUAUUCGUCACGAUGGGAUCGAUUGCCAUGUCCUACUCCGAGGAGCGAGAUAGAGGGAUGUAUAUCACCAUGUCGGUUAAUUUGCAAGCUGUGGGCUCUAUAGUUGGUGGCAUCAUCCCAUUGUUGAUCAACAGAAGUUCGAAUGAGGCCACCGGGGUCCCCUCCGCCGUAUACAUCGUCUUCAUGGUGAUGAUGGGCGUUGGAGCCUGCGCUGCAUUCCUGCUCAUGCCUGCUUCUCGAGUUAUCCGCGACGAUGGCACCCAAAUAGCCACCCUCAAACCACGCGGGUUCGUCGACGAAUUAAAGGCAAACCUGGAGAUAUUCAAAGAUUGGAAACUACUUAUCAUGAUCCCCGCCUUCCUCCCAGCAGAGUGCUUCCUCGUCUACGGCGGCUCCGUCAACGCCUACCGCAACAACCUGCGCACUCGAUGCCUCCUAUCCUUCAUCGCAGUAGUCGUCCAAGUCCCCUGCGGGAUCCUCCUCCAGAAAGUCCUCGACAACAAGAACUGGAAACGACAGACGCGAGCCUUCCUAGGCCUGGGCAUGGUCGGCAUCCCUCUAAUCGCCGCCUGGGUGUGGGAAAUCAUCCGCGUGCGAAACUACGACCGCCACGCUCCUCCAGCGACAGGACUGGACUGGACCGAGCCGGAGUUCUGGCCGAUCCUGGUCCUGUUCGUGCUGAACUGGGUGACGGGGUCGCUGUGGCAGUACAUCGUCUUGUAUUUCCUGGGCGCGUUGACGAAUUCGCCCACCAAGUCGGCUAACUAUGCUGGCGUCUUCCGCGGUUUUCUCGGCGCUGGCGAGGCGAUAUGUUUCGGGGUGGACUCGAUCAAAGUGCCGUAUAUGAAAGAGGCGGGCGUGAUUUUCGCGUUUUAUACAAGUGGUGUGCUGAUAUUUGCGUUUAUUGCGGCGUUUCAUAUUAAAGAGACGGAGUAUUUCAAUGGCGAGGAUGGUGUUGUUAUUCCCACGCAUGUUCUGCAAGAGCAUGCAGAGAAGCAGUCUGACACUGCGGCAAAGAUAUGA